AUGUUUGCUGUAUUCAGAACUCUGAAAGAGCAUUGGAAAAAGAAGGUACACGAAUGGAGAAUAUCUAAUUUGGAAGCUCCAAUCUUAAAGAAAAAAGAUUUUCCAGAACUUCUGAAAGAAGUUAUCGACACAACACUGAACGCGACAAUCUUCGAAAAUGGUUUUAGAAAAUGUGGGCUAUUUCCGUGGCACCCGGAAAUAGUCACUGUUCCAUUAAACAAUGAAGACCUUCAUAAUCAAGUCACAAAUGUUGAGGGACGUAGAAGAUUUUUAGAAGAAGGGCUUCGGUUUCUCAAUCAAAGUAUUCCCCAAAGCAAGCUCAUUAUAUUUUGCAACGGAGAUAAAAAUGAGUUAGACGAAAAAGAUAUCUCACUGUUUGAACUGUGGCAAAGUACAAAAUCAGAAAUAGAAAACGGUUUGCCAAAUUCCUCUGUUGUUAUCCCUGAGCCUACCGCAGAAAACAGUGAAGAUACAAAUCUUUUAUUUAACAUUAUACCGCUCGCUUCUGGUGGCAAUAACGAGUGGCAAAACCAAAGCACAGCACAUAACAACCGGCCAUCUAAAAACAACUCUCCUACGAUUUUUGAACCAUAUUUUGAAAAUAAUAUGAACCUUUGCCAAGCUGGACCUUCUUCAGCGCCCGCGGAUUUCCCUAGCCCCUUUGCCCCUGAUGCUCUAACGCUCGCUUCUGGUGCCAUUUGCCAAGCUGGACCUUCUUCAGCGCCCGCGGUUUUCCCUAGCCCCUUUGCCCCUGAUGCUCUACCGCUCGCUUCUGGUGUCAUUAGCGAGUGCAAUAACGAAACCAUAGAAACUUCAGUGUCUGCGGAAAUCCCCAGCCCCUUUAAAAGACAUUUUUAUUAUAAGAAAAAUAAAGAGGAACCAGACAGAAAACGAUGCACAAAAGAAAGAAUGCCUUCUAUAGUUUCGGGACACUUGUGUCAAGAAUAUUUUAAAAAGAAGUUAGCAAAAAAGGAAGAAUUAGAAAAAUUAAAAAUGGAACGUGCUGCCAAAAGACAAAAGAAAAGAGAAGAAAAUGAGAAAACAAAAAAAGGGAACAUUCAGAAGCGUAAGAAAACACUGAAAAGAGGAUGCUUAAUUUUGACGAUAGUUCUGAUUCAAACGUGGAUGGUGUUUUUGCUGACAGUGAAACUGCUACUGUUUCGUCAAUGCAGAAAUGUGGGAGACAUGUGGCCUGAAAAAGUGGAUCAAUUGGACUAUGAAUGGGAAUAUGUGUUGUUCCAUAUUGACGAGCCAUUAAAAAUGAGUCAAACAAGAAAUGUAUACUCGGUUCCCGAACUAGAAUAUUUAUGGAACUAA